GCUCUAGCUGGAGACUGAGGCUGUGUGGGUGCCCUGCAGCCAGCGAGCAGUCCCUGGGCAAUGUCCCUAUAGCAUGGUCCUUGUACAUACCCAGAUAUGAUGCUGUGUCCGUGUGUCCUACACAAGGUGACAUGUUGCCUACCUCUUCUGGGCUCUUUGUGGACUCAGAGUUCCCUGCCAGUGUCUCCUCUUUGGUGUGUGGAGCUGGCACACCACUUUCCGUUCUUUGCGACCGCAUUACAUGGUUAAGACCACAGGAGAUAACUGCAUCGCCACGUUUAUUUCCAUUGAAUGCCAGAGAUGGUUUGGGCAAACAAGGGAUUCUUGGUGAUUGCUGGUUUAUAUGUGCCUGCUCUGCGCUACAAAAAUGUGAAAAGCUUCUCCAUCAGGUAUUUCCUGUGGGCCAGUGCCUCUGGACAGACCCUGGAUAUACUGGCAAAUUCACUUGUCGGUUUUGGAGAUUUGGCUAUUGGGUGGAAGUGACCAUUGAUGACCGUUUGCCAUGCCUGGGACAUAAGCUCUGCUUUUCUCAUUGUCAAGACCAAGGAUCCUUUUGGCUGCCACUUCUUGAGAAAGCAUAUGCCAAACUUCAUGGUUGCUAUGAGAGUCUGUGGGCAGGGCAGGUGGCUGAUGCUUUGGUGGAUCUGACUGGAGGGCUGGUUGAAAGAUGGGCUUUUGGAGCUGGAGAAGAGCAUGUUCGGAGAGAAAUGUUCAACAAGAUGCUGGAGCUAAAAGAAAGAUGUGCAAUGACUUGCUCGGUGCUACACUACAGAGAAGGAGCAAAAGAGCUGGGUGAAUUUCAUGCAUUUACCAUCACAGACAUCCAAAAUGUAGUGGCAAAGGAUGGCCAAGAGUUGCUAAUGCUUUGUGUGCACAAUCCGUGGGGGCGAUGCUGUUGGGAUGGUUCUUGGAGCAAGAGUGGUCAUGGAUGGGAUAUCUUGAGCCCUAAAGUGGUUUCCAACCUCCAGUCCAAGAUGCAGGAAGGAGAGUUUUGGGUGGAGAAGUCAGAAUUUCUACAGGAUUUUGAUGAACUCACAAUGGCAUUUCCAGUCAGUGAGAAGGGGCAAAUUCUAAGUAUCUGGUCAGGUUUGCCAUUAAUCAGCACUCAGGAGGUAUAUGGUUCAUGGGUUAAAGGUCAGAGCGCUGGUGGAUCCCGCAACAAUGUCAGCUUUCCAGACAACCCCAAGUUCUGGCUUCGUGUGAAAGAACAGUGCCAGGUGUACCUGACACUAAAUCAAAGACCACUGCAUGGUACAGGAGCUACACAAAACAAAGAUUCACUGUAUGCUAUUGGACUCCAUGUCUGGAAGGUUGAGAAGCGCAAGUUUAACCUGACUAAGACUCUCUCAUCACCUCCCGUGGUCGGUACCUCCUCUCACUCGUAUGAACGUCAAUUUCACCUGUACUGUGAAUUGUCACCAGGUUAUCACCUACUUGUUCCGAGCACUUUUCUACGAGACACUGAGGCGGAUUUCCUUUUGCGUGUCCUGUGCACUGGGCAUGUAACUCUCAGUGAAAUUGUUCCUCCACGGUCAAUGGCACCAGCCAGUGAAGAUGUUACCCAAAGGAGCUGGGACAUUCAGACAUUGCAAGGAAGCUGGAAGAAAGGCAAGAAUGCUGGUGGGAGCAGGAACUUUCCAUCUUACCACCUUAACCCAUCUUUGCCUUUCUCUGUGCCCAAAGAAUGCCAGUUAGUAAAAGUGACUCUGCGCCAGCAGUGUCAGGAGGACAAAUGCCACGCAAUCGGGUUCCAUGUAUACUCGGUCUCUGGAGAUAAACAGAAGUCUCCUCUUGCUGUAGAGCCCAGUGCUAGCUGUGUACCUCACAGCCACUCUCAGGAAGUGUCCCAGGUCUGCGUGCUUUCCCCUGGCCAAUAUCUACUUGUGCCUUCCACUUAUCUACCUGAGCAGGAGUCUGGCUUCACUGUAACCAUAGCUACUAAAGUUGACCGGAAACCAAUUAAGAGCCAGGAAACCUUGGGACGAUUCCUGCAAGAGGUCUGUGUUAUAACUGUGAUGAAGUAACAAGAAGUGGAUAUCAAGACACAUUCCAUGCCACCAGUGCUGCUACGUAUACGUGCAGAAUUACAGAUUCUGUGUUGGUUAUGUCAUUUAUAUCUGAUAUUUGUAUUUCUGGAACUGGUUCUGUCUGGUGCUCUAUAAUAAAGGGAAAUUCACUAUUUUUGUAAA